AUGUAUCAGGGUGUUUUCCAGCUUUAUGGACUGGAAUUUAAUUACAUGAGAACGGCAAUACGCAUUCGGGACGGUGGCGCUUACGUUUGGAAAGACGAAAUUUUGGCACAAAUGCAUCGGCCGUCGAAUUCGAUGCUUUGCAUUGAGGAUCCGCUGCAGUCAGGUAAGUGA